AUCAUUUGACAAAAUAAUUUUUUAUCACAGUUUGAAGCAUAUAAACUGUAUAACCUUGCAUUGCAGAUAUAAAUAUGGAAUCUGUGUUAAUGGAAAUGGGUCUACACGGCCACCUAAGGGAUAAACUGACUCUAAAGUCUGUACUGGAAUUGGGGAAAUUUUCUGAUGAUGACCAAACUGCACAUAGUUUUACAUCUUUGCUGUGGCUUUUUCUCAGAAAGCUCAUGAUGGUCAAUUCAUCAGCCAGAAGUAUAAAAUGUGCUUCAAAAGGUAACUCUGAAAAAUGUGAAGAGAAAAGCAUCAAUAUGAUAGAGGAAUCUACUGAUUUUAAUGAUAAUCAGGAGAGCAUAAAUCCACUAGAUUUGAUCACAGCUCUCUUCCACUGUGCUGAUCCUUUCCUCCAGCAAGAAAUGGCUCUAAAAAUGUCAAUGUGUCAGUUUGCUGUACCUCUGCUGCUGCCAAAUUGUGACACAAAAGAGUGCACUCUGAUGCUUUGGGCCUUGAGGGACAUAACAAAGCAGUUUAGAUUCCAUGGUUUAGAGGAAAACAGUAUUGUGCUGACCGAUUUGCCCCUCAUCUCUUUUGUCAGACUAGGAAAAAAUCCAAAUCUUUCCAAAUCUGAGUUCCUGAAUAAGAUCCUCAGCAGCAAGCAGCAAAAUUAUGACACUUUUGUUCACAGGAAACUGGAAAAUGGUAACAUUCAAAAAAAGAUCUGUAAUGGUCUUGUUGAAAUGAGCUGGUACCUCCCUAGGGGUGAAAAGAAAAUUGACAUUUUCAAAGAGCCAGUAGCCAUGGCUAAUCUCCGUGGGAAUAUUUCUGAUUUUGAGGUCCAAUUUGCCUUCCUGAGCCAAACGUCCUCUGCAGUUUUUCUGUUCUGUGAUGAUUUGGACUCAAACCAGACAUUUCUGAACUCCUUGCAGCUCAGUUCAAAACUGGUUCUUAUUUGUACCACAAAUGAUCAUACAUCAAGAGACAAUCUGAAACAAAGAUUGGCACAGAUGAAGCUCAAAACAUACUCUGUAAUCCUCAAGGAUGGGAAGAUGAAUGAUGCUGAAUUUGUUGCUAAACUAAAGAAGACUGUAGCUGAAAUAGUUGCAAGUUCUAUAAAAUUAAGCCUCGAAACGAUGUCAAUGAUCGCAACAGAUCUGGGGAUUCAAGUAGAUGAAAACAAUACCAUUUGUCAAAAUGCAAAGGAAAGGGCAGAAAGAAUCACAAGAGAGAUUGAAAAUAUACCUGAUUAUAAAAUGAAGGAACUCCCUUUGCAAGGGAAACCAUGGAAAGAGAUAUCCAAACUGGAGAAAGAAAUGUGUCGCCUCAAAAAGGCAAGAAAACAAAACAUUGAACACUAUAUGAGUGAACUUAAAUGUCAAAUCCAGAAUCUAAGAAUGGAACAAGGAAACCAUAGAAUGAACAAAGCAAUACAUCAAUUCAUUUCUGGCUGUUGCUCAAAUGAGCAACUAUAUUUUCUCAAGUGGAUGAAAAUAACUUUGGACAGUCUAACACGAAAGCACCUGUCCAGGCUUCAGGAGCAGUAUAGGGAUGCAUGUCAGAAUCCCAAAGAAGAUAAAGAACGUCUCAGAGAGCUUGAUAAUCAGAUUGCCAGCAGCUCUUUAGGAAUCCAACACUUCAUGAGAGAGUUGAGUCAACUCUAUGAGUCUGCACACUUCCAAGGAAACUGGAACCACUCUUCCCUUAAAAAAUUGCCAGAACUUUGUGCUCAGUUAAUGCUAAAUGGAUUUCCUCUGGAACUUAUUGAUGGAGAUGCAUCAAAUAUUCCACUGAGGUGGAUUGGAAAUGUGCUUUCGGCACUUAACAAACUGACAACACCUCACAACAGGAUACGAGUUGUAACCGUUUUAGGAGUCCAAAGCUCUGGGAAGUCGACUCUCCUCAACACAAUGUUUGGAGUUCAGUUUGCUGUUAGCAGUGGCAGAUGCACAAGAGGUGCCUUCAUGCUUCUAAUAGGCGUAUCUGAGGAAUUCAGAUCAGAGCUUCUGUGUGACUAUAUCCUUAUAAUUGACACUGAAGGAUUAAAAUCUCUAGAGCUGGCGAAACUAGCUGAUAGUUACGAGCAUGAUAAUGAACUUGCGACCCUGGUUGUUGGACUGAGCGACAUUACAAUUGUCAACAUUUCCAUGGAAAAUGCUACAGAAAUGAAAGACACUUUGCAAAUUGUUGUCCAUGCCUUCCUCCGCAUGAAGGAGGUGGGGAAAAAGCCCUGUUGUCAUUUUGCGCACCAGAACACAGCAGAUGUUGCUGUGCAGGACAAAAUCUUGAGAGAGCGAAUGAGUUUCUUUCAACAGCUAGACUAUAUGACUCAGGCAGCUGCUAAAAUGGAAAAAAGGGGCAACAAAAAGAAAUUUACAGACAUUCUAGAGUAUAAGAUUGAUGGAAACAAUUGGUACAUACCUGGGUUGUGGCUUGGAACUCCUCCAAUGGCACCUGUUAACACUGGUUACAGCGAGGAGGUGAAUAAGUUCAAGGGUGGGAUACUUGACAUUUUGAAGAAAACUAAAUUACCAGCACAGGAUUUAAUGGCAUUUGCAGAAUGGAUUCGAAGUCUCUGGAAGGCUGUCCAAUUUGAAAACUUCAUUUUCAGUUUUCGCAACAGCCUCGUUGCAGAAGCGUACUCCAAACUUUGUGCAGAGUUUAACACUUGGGAAUGGGCCUUCAAGAAGCACAUGAUUGACUGGUACACAAAGUCUGAAACCAAAAUCUCCAACAUGGGUGUAAUAACUGAGCAGUCAGAAACCAAAGUUAAUCUUGAUAGAGUAUUGGUUGCUUUAAAAUGUGAAGCUGAUAAUGAGUUGGAAAAAGAGGAAAAAAAACUUUUAGAUACAAUUCAGCAAUACUUUGAAAAUGAGUUGGAACAUGUGCAUCUUGUCGAAAAUCACAAGGAGGACUUUUUCAAUAGUGCACGGGGACUUCGAAGAGAGGUUGAGAUGGAUAUACGGAUCAAACUUGAGAAUGCUAUUUUGAUACAAAAGGGAAUAGAAAAGGUGGAAGAAAUAAAGCAAAAGCAGCGGGACACCUUGAGAGACAAAGUGCUCGGUUUGAUCAAAGUCUGCAGGAAUAGAACACAUAUACUCUCAGAGACUGAACUGAAUAAGGAAUUCGAAAAAAUAUGGAAUGACAUUCUGAAAGAGAAUUCCUUCACAGCUCUACCAAGGCAAGAUGUGGUGAAGGAGACAUACACACUGUUACACAAUAACUUAGAAAUGAAAAGUGGAGCAGUACGUGAGAUGCUAUCAAAUAGCACCAGUCUAGAUCAGUGUGGCACUAGACCUUUUUUUGCAGUUGUAAAAACAGAUUUUUUUAAAAGACUCAGAUUAAUACAAUUGGCAUGUGACAAAAUAAUAUAUCAGAGCGAAACAUUUAUUACAAAUAAGACAGAACCAAAAUCAGACUACAAUAGUGCUGACAUACAAGAACUGUUGUGCUUCAUUGACAAGAAUUUGGAAAGCUGCAAGGAACCAGAGAUAAACCCUGAAAUUGAAGCAGCUCUCAAGAUCCACAUCUGCGGGAACGCAGCAAGAGCGUUCCAGAAAAUGCAUGAUGACUACAUAGAGAGAACUGACCCUUUGAAAUCUCUUGAACAGUUCAAGGACCAAUGGUUAGCUGACUUUAAAGACCUCUACCACCAACGAGACCAGUGUCAGAACAAAGCUGAGAUGUGUACCAUGAAAUGCUUCGCCCCCGCCGUGAUGGAAUACAUCCAGAAACAUCUUGGACCUGACAUUGUAGAUGAAAUGUUGUCAGGUGAAAGAGGCCUUGAUUUUAGCACACGCUCAUUUUUCCAGUUUUCGCUUUUAAAAAAGUUACUUUGGGAUGAUGACUUUACCAAUAUUCUGGAGUAUGUACACAACUAUGAAACAUAUGUAACUGAGUGGAUUUCAGAGAAGAUCACUGAACAUUUUUCAAAGAAAGGGGCUCUUUUGAAGUUGGAAAUUAAACAUCUGAAUGCAAUCAUCAAGAAACUCAAGGAAGCUGCUGAAAGUGCACAGAGCAAGGCCAACAUCUGCAAUAACAUCAGCAGUUUUGUGACCUAUGUCUGCAGAAGUCUUAAUAAAGAGUUAGUCAUACCAAGUGAUGCACUCAAUGCAAGUCUGGCUUUAAACAACUCGAACCCUUCCGAGUUUAUAGAUUGCUUUAAAUCAUCAAUAGAAAAAAUGCAUAAACGCUUAGAAGAUCAGCUACGUGAUGAAAAGAAUGUAAAACAUAAGCUAACCAAACUCUCAGUGAACAAACCUCAACAGGUGCUCUUCAGCAGAGUGUUUGGCUGCGGGAAAAAGUGUCCAUUCUGCAGUGCACCUUGUGAAGCUGGCGGAAAAAAGCAUAUGAAUCAUUUUGUCUCUAUCCAUCGGCCGCAAGGCGUUGGUAACUACAGUUGGGUUGAAACCUAUAAACUAAUUCCUGACAUAUGCUCAUCUCUUGUUGCUAGUGAAAUGUCAUUCCACUGUAAAGACACAGGAUAUCAGUGGUAUCCAUACAAGGAAUACAGACAGAUCUAUCCAGACUGGAGGAUACAACCUGACACUUCUAUUGAAGCAACUGAUUUUUGGAAGCAUAUCUUUGCGAAGUACAACAUGAAAUUUGCAGAGAGGUAUUGUUUAAAACCAGCAGACAUCCCUGCUGAUUGGUCUAGGAUCUCUAAAUAUCAGGCAAAAAAAAGUUUGGAAGAUACAUUCAAAACGAAAUAAAUGGACAAUAAACAAAUGGACAAUAUAGAUAAACUGUGGAAAUAUCAAAAGUAAAACAUAAAACCUGGCUUAUAGGGAAGUAAACAGGGUUUAAAUCUAUUGUAACUGAUAAUGACUUUCUACACAAAUCUAUUGUAACUGAUAAUGACUUUCAUUUUGGGAAUGAGUUAAAUACCUUUUUUACUUUUUACUAAUUCUGUGGUUUCAUCAUCAUCAGACAGAAUUCUAAUUGAAGUCGAGGAAGUUAGGAAAACAUUUCAGUCUAUAAAUACGAAAAAAUCUGUUGGUCCAGAUGGAUGUAGUGCAGGUCUUUUAAAGAAAUUUGCACAUGGAUUGGCUCCGGUGUGGCAAUCAGAAUUUCAAGCUUCAGUUGACACACAUACUGUCCCUGCGUUAUGGAAGACAGCUUAUAUAAAGCCAUUACCUAAAAUUUAAUGUCCAAAAGAAUACAAUGAUUUUAGACCAAUAGCCUUUACUUUAAUUAGCUUACUAGUAAUUGUGAAAUGUUGUGAAAGAUUGUUACUUCAGCACUUAGUCAGGAUGGCUAAAGAUAGACUUGAUUCUUAGCAGUUUGCCUAUAAUGAAGGCUGUAGUACUGAAGAUGCAGUUGCUGCUUUGUUGCAUAUCAUUUCUAAACAGUUAGAUAAAUCCAAUACAACUAUAAGAACUUUGUUUUUAGACUUUUCGUCUGCAUUCAAUACUAUAAAGGUUGACAUAUUGGUGUCAAAACUUGAACAGCUGGGUGUAAAUCCCUAUUUGAUUCGUUGGUAUAUCUCAUUUCUCAUUAAUAGAGUUCAGAGAGUCAAAGUGAAUAAAACGUUGUCAUCCGCUAUCAUAACAAAUGUCGGAGUACCCCAAGGUUGCGUCAGUUCUGCCGUACUUUUCACCUUGUAUACAGAUGACUGUAGGACUGACACGUCAAAUCAUUAUAUUUUAAAGUAUUCUGAUGACACUGUUUUAAUAUCUGUGUUGAAUGACGGGGACAGUCCUGGGUUUCAACAACACGGUGUGACCAAAUUGGAAGAAUGGUGCGAGAACAAUGAUCUUGUCAUCAAUACAAAUAGAU